ACGGAAUAACUCUCAGAUUUCUCUCUGAUUCUAAUCUUUCUAGAAAUAUGCGCCGAGAGUCUAGAGAUGGCGUGGCUACACUCAGAAAGUAUUCGAUUCACCUAGUUCUUUAUUCUGUAGUGUACCUGAGUGCAUAGUGGACGUGCUGCAAUGGCAGGUUCUAUAGAGAUACCACUCAGGGAUACAGAUGAGGUUAUAGAACUUUAUUUGGAUCAAUUACCUGAUGGAGAUGAGGUACUUGGAAUUCUGCGGCAGGAACAUGCUCAGCUUACUAUCUGGGUCAAUUUGGCCCUUGAAUAUUACAAACAGCAGAAGAUUGAAGACUUUAUUAAGAUACUUGAAUCUUCUCGCAUUGAUGCAAAUAUUGACUAUCGUGACUAUGAGAAAGAUCAGAUGCGAGCUCUUGACAUGUUGGCUGCCUAUUAUGUUCAGGAAGCCAACAGGGAAAAGAAUAAGGACAAGAAGAGAGAUCUCUUCACAAAAGCCACGUUGUUAUACACAACAGCUGACAAGAUCAUCAUGUAUGACCAAAAUCACUUACUUGGACGAGCUUAUUUCUGCCUGCUUGAAGGUGACAAAAUGGAACAGGCUGAUGCACAAUUUAACUUUGUGCUGAAUCAAUCACCCAAUAAUAUACCUUCUCUUCUCGGCAAAGCUUGCAUUGCUUUCAACAAGAAAGACUACAGAGGCGCUCUUGCGUUCUAUAAGAAAGCUCUCAGAACUAAUCCAAAUUGUCCGGCUGCUGUUAGAUUGGGAAUGGGCCACUGUUUUAUGAAAUUGAACAAUCAGGAGAAAGCACGGUUAGCAUUCGAAAGAGCUUUACAAUUGGAUGGACAAUGUGUCGGUGCGUUAGUCGGUCUUUCGGUUUUGAAAUUAAAUCAACAACAGCCGGACAGCAUAAGAACUGGCGUGCAAAUGUUGUCGAAGGCGUACACGAUCGAUUCGACAAAUCCAAUGGUAUUGAAUCACUUGGCGAAUCAUUUCUUCUUCAAGAAGGAUUACAAUAAGGUUCAGCAUUUAGCUCUGCAUGCUUUCCACAAUACGGAAAACGAAGCCAUGCGAGCGGAAAGUUGUUACCAAUUGGCCAGAGCAUUUCAUGUUCAGGGUGAUUAUGAUCAAGCAUUUCAAUAUUACUACCAGGCGACACAGUUUGCGCCGCCUGUAUUCGUGUUACCACAUUUUGGCUUAGGACAAAUGUACGUUUAUCGCGGUGACGCCGAGAAUGCAGCGCAGUGCUUCGAGAAAGUUCUGAAGGCCCAACCGGGAAAUUAUGAGACCAUGAAGAUCCUGGGCUCGCUCUACGCUAACUCGAGUUCUCAGUCGAAACGUGACAUCGCCAAGAAUCACUUGCGGAAGGUGACGGAGCAAUUUCCCGACGACGUCGAAGCCUGGAUCGAGCUGGCUCAGAUACUGGAGCAAAGCGACCUGAAUGCAGCCUUGAACGCUUACGGUACCGCGACGAGGAUUUUAAAGGAGAAGGUUCAGGCGGAUAUCCCGCCGGAAAUUCUAAACAACGUAGGAGCGUUGCAUUACAGACUCGGUAAUUUGGAAGAAGCCAGGAAAAACUUGGAGGAGUCUCUGGCGCGCUCGAAAGCGGACGCUCUGCACGAUUCAGUAUAUUAUAAUUCGAUAUCAGUUACGACUACGUACAAUUUGGCGCGGCUGAACGAGGCAUUGUGCAUAUUCGACAGAGCGGAAAAAUUGUACAAAGAUAUCUUGAAGGAGCAUCCGAAUUACGUGGACUGUUACCUGAGACUCGGCUGCAUGGCCAGAGACAAAGGGCAGAUUUACGAGGCGUCCGAUUGGUUCAAGGACGCCUUGAGAAUCAAUAAUGAGCAUCCGGAUGCGUGGUCAUUGCUGGGCAAUUUGCACCUCGCCAAAAUGGAGUGGGGCCCCGGUCAAAAGAAAUUCGAGAGGAUUCUCAAGAACCCGUCGACGAGUACGGAUGCUUACUCUCUGAUUGCCUUGGGCAAUAUUUGGCUGCAGACGCUGCAUCAGAGCGGAAAGGACAAGGAAAGGGAGAAGAGACAUCAGGAUCGGGCAUUAGCCAUGUACAAGCAGGUUCUGAGGAACGAUCCGAAGAAUAUCUGGGCUGCGAACGGCAUCGGCGCGGUGCUCGCGCAUAAAGGCUGCGUGAACGAAGCCCGAGAUAUAUUCGCUCAGGUGCGCGAGGCGACCGCGGAAUUUUGCGACGUCUGGCUGAACAUCGCGCACAUCUACGUGGAGCAGAAACAAUUCGUCAGCGCGAUUCAAAUGUAUGAGAAUUGCUUGCGCAAGUUCUACAGAUAUCACCACGUUGAGGUCCUGCAAUAUCUUGGGAGAGCUUACUUCAAAGCCGGCAAGCUGAAAGAAGCGAAACUGACGUUGUUGAAAGCGCGCCGGGUAGCCCCGCAAGACACAGUUUUACUGUACAACAUCGCUCUUGUACUUCAACGACUAGCCACGCAGAUCCUUAAAGACGAGAAGUCGACUUUGACCACCGUGCUUCAGGCGGUUCAUGAAUUGGGCCUUUCGCACAAAUAUUUCCAAUAUUUGUCGGCACAUGGCGAUAGGAUGGAGCAGUUGGCCGAUGCUGAAGCCAGAAGGUGCCAAGAUUUGCUGUCGCAAGCGCAGUAUCAUGUCGCCAGGGCGAGACGACUGGACGAGGAAGAGAAGAUGCUGAGACGGAAGCAAGAAGAGGAAAGACAAGCCUUCAAAAUGCGUCAGACGGAAGAGCAACGCAAGUUGGAGGAGAUGCGCCGUCAGAAGGAAGAGGAGAUGUUGCAGAAGCGACAAGAGUACGUGGAGAAGACCAAGAAUGCAUUGGUGUUCGGGGAAAUGCCGUCGGAGAAGCCGGGAAAGAAAGGCAAGAGGGUUCGAACUGAUCAGUAUAUCAGCGAUAGCGGAGGUUCGGGCGGGGACGAAGGCAGAGAUGAAGCGCCGAGAGAACGGAAGCGCAGGAGGAAGGCGAGCGGUGAGACUAAAGAGAGAAAGAGCAAGGGCAAACGCCGGCGCAGGAAGGAUGCCGGGAGCGGCGAAAGUGGGUCGGACAGCGAUCGUCCGAAGCUUAAGCGCGGCAGGAAGACCGGUAGAAAGGGAGAUAAGUCUCGGAAAGGCACGCACGAGACUCUCAAGGGUAAAAUGCCGCUGUCAAAGGAAACUAUCUCUACCAGCGAGUCGGAUAGUGAUGCAAGUGGCCUUAAAAUUGCCAGCGGGGGGGAAAGCGGCAACGAGAAUCAACCGCGCAGCAGCAGGCGAAUCGCCUCGGACUCGGAAGGCUCUCGCGCUUCUCGUUCGAGAUCUCGUUCGAGAUCGAAAUCCGGAAGCCGUUCGAGAAGCAGCUCCCGCUCUGCCUCUCAUUCGCGGUCUCGAUCGCGAUCUCGAUCUGGAUCUGGAUCCAGGUCUAGAAGCGUCUCGAGGUCCAGGAGCCGUUCUGCGUCCGGGUCAAGAUCGGGAUCUGCCAAAAGUAGAUCACGGUCGAGGUCGGGCUCGCGAAAAAGCGGCUCGCGGUCAAGGUCGAACAGCGGCUCGAGGAAGAGCGGAUCGAAGGCGAGAUCAAGGUCGAGCUCGAGGAAGAGCGGCUCUAGGUCGAGGUCCCCGAGCGGCUCGAGGAAGGCCGCGUCUCGAUCGAGGUCGCCGAGCGGUUCAAGGAAAGCCGCGUCUCGGUCAAGGUCCAGGUCGAAAUCGAGAUCCAGAUCCAAAAGCGGCUCACGCUCAGGCUCGGAGGAACGCCGGUCCCGAAGCAAAAGCCGAUCACGAUCCAAGUCGAAGUCCGUGUCGAGGUCCAAGUCGAGAUCUAAGAGCCCCAGCACAUCACGAUCGCGCUCCAGGUCUAAGAGCGGCUCCAGAAGCAGGAGUCCCAGCGGUUCGGCACGCUCCGCGUCACCGGUAUCUAGGAAAUCGGUGUCGGGCAGCGGUGACAGCGACAGCGAAUAAGAUAGGAGUUCUCGCAAUUUUAAGCACGUACGUUGGAGAGAAAUCAGGAUUGUUCUUGCGCGCGGAGCGUAGAACAUAUAAUUUUUUAUAAAAAUUAUUCCACGGUUAUUUCUAGUUCAGAUCACACACACGUAAUUUGAGGGUAAUAUGAAAAUAAUACAUAAAUUUUAAUAUGAAUCGUAUAUAUAUAUAUAUAUACAACUCUUUUCCGGAAGUAUCGGUUCCGUUCUUUUGUAAUUUAUCAUGGCCAACAAAAUUGAAUAGGUAGUUUCGCCGAGGCGAAAGAACAUUUUAAAUUUAAUCAGUUAUGUAACAUGUGAUGGUUUAACAUUAUAUUAAUAACAUAUUAAUCAUAUUGCAUGAAACAUCAUCGAUUUACUCCGGUCACCGAAGAUGUUGUGUAUCAUAAGACAAAUAGAUUUUGUUCUCUACCGUUUUCCCCUAGUUAGCAGUGAAACGGCAAUUUCUGGCGUGUAUUAGAUAUUACAUAAUUAUAUUAAUAUUAUAUAUAUAUAUAUAUCUUAUAUUCUCUCGUUAUAUAUGGCGAGUCUGAGGUGAAGAUUAUAUCUAUAACAAAAUGAAUUGUUUUAUAUCACAGUACGAGCAGUGCUAAUAAAACAACGAAAUCACACGGCAUUUGGUGGCAUUUUCUUCGACUCUUCAGUCACCUCGCAAAGCUAAAGAUAAAGAUAGUACGGUCAGAGACGGUCGGCGUUCCCCAGAAUCGAACACGCGCACGUCGUUGUGCAAAUAUGACGAGAGAGACCGUCGUCCGGUGCUACGACGUACCAGAGUAGUCCGCUUAUCGAUCUCGCAGACGAUGUAAAAUCAAUUAUUAAAGCAUAACUUUCGAGGUGAGUGACACGCAUGCGGUUACUCUGCGUUGCGGCUUAACGACGGCAAUCCGUCGAUUUCCGCUCGGCUUUCAUUUUCUUACCUCUAUUCGCGCGCGACGCGGACUGCUUAUUUCGACCCGUCCGCGCCUCUAUCGAUCUUUCCGCAUUUUCUCGGCAGCCCGCCGCUUUUUACCGUCUAGUUCGUCGCCGUAGCUGAA